UCCUGUUGGGCGCUUCCCCGGCUUCUCCCCCAAAACGCGGGGUCGUCCUUCCUAGGCCGGAGGAGUGUCCAUAAGGAGAGUUUAACCUUCUUGAAGAUUUAAGCCUAGCAGUUCAGAGCUAUUCCCAGUCCAAAUGUCUGCAAAAUUGAGAGAAACUUCAAAACUCCUUCCACAAACUUCAGGGGACCCUGACUGCAUUCUGGUAAUGAAGGCGGAAGAGGGAGGGCAGGCCGGUAAUAUGGCCUCCAGCCGCCACUGGAGCAGCUACUACAGCUCAGAGACCUACCGCCAGCGGUUCAGGCAGUUUGACUACCAGGAGACACCUGGGCCCCGGGAGGCUCUGAGCCGGCUCCGGGAGCUUUGCUGUCAGUGGCUGAGGCCAGAGGUGCACAGCAAGGAGCAGAUCCUGGAGCUGCUGGUGCUGGAGCAGUUCCUGGCCAUGUUGCCUGAGGAGCUGCAGGCCUGGUUUCAAGAGAACCGACCAGAGAGUGGAGAGGAAGCCGUGCUGAUGCUGGAGGAGCUGGAGAAAGAGCAUGACGGGGCAGGUGAACAGGUCUUUCUUGGACGAAAUGAGGACAUGCUUGCAAAGAAGCUACCAACUUGUGAAAUCACUCAGGAGACACCACGUAGCCAGCUUAAGCCCACAAAAAAGCAACUGCAGUGGGCAUCGAAGGAGCUUCACACCUUAAGACAAAAUGAUAGAGACACUGGAACUAUAAAUGUGAAAUCAGCUUCAAGGCGAAAGACUUCUUCAGGCAAAGAACUGCAUUACAAAGUUUCUAACACUCUUCAAAUGAAUGCUUCCCAGAAUUUCACAUUUAGAGGAACUUGUGAACAAGAUAGAAAGUUUGAAAGAAGACAGGGAAACCAUCCUCGAAAAAAACAACACAAGUGUGAUCAAUGUGGGAAAGUCUUUAGUCAGAGCUCAGCCCUUAAUCUACAUCAGAGGAUCCACAGUGGAGAGAAACCUUAUACAUGUGAUGUGUGUGCAAAGGCUUUCAGCCGAAGUGCAAUCCUGAUUCAACAUCGAAGAAUCCACACUGGGGAGAAACCCUUCAAAUGUCAUGAAUGUGGGAAAGCCUUUAGUCAGAGCUCGAAUCUUUUCAGACAUAGGAAAAAACAUGCUGGAGAAAAAGUCCCAUCAGUGCUAUGAGGGAGUCAAAGCAUUUACUGAGAACUUUUUCAACAGGGGAGCAGGCACAAGGCACCAAUACUCCUUUAGUAUAAAUCAGUAGUUUCAGUGGGCACCAAUUUCCUUUCAAAGGUUGUAAAAGCCACAGGAGAGAAUGUAGAAUAUUUUCUGUCAGCAUUGUUUGCUUUUCUCCUUUUUAGUACAGUGUCAGUUCAGAUGAUUGAGAUUCUAAAGCUUAAAUAGGAUUUCCAUCCCUAGUGCAACUCUUGAAAAGAUACUCUCAGACAUGUUCUACUGUUUCCAUUAUUAACACAAACA